AGAAUUGAGGUCUGCCCCUUUAAGGGCACUAGUCGCGGGGCGGAGACUCCGGGCGGAAACCACGCCGGCGGAGGGCGGAAGUGGAGCCUCGGGCGUAGUAGUCAUGGCUCAGGACGGGGAAGACGUGAGGGACUACAACCUGAAUGAAGCGCAAAAGGCGAUCAAGGCCAAGUACCCCCCGGCCGUCCGUAAAUAUGAGUAUCUGGAUCACACAGCUGAUGUACAGUUACAUGCUUGGGGAGAUACAUUGGAAGAAGCAUUUGAGCAGUGCGCAAUGGCCAUGUUUGGUUACAUGACAGAUACAGGAACUGUUGAGCCUCUCCAAACAGUUGAGGUGGAAGCUGAAGGAGAUGAUCUGCAAUCUCUUCUCUUUCACUUUUUGGAUGAAUGGCUAUAUAAAUUCAGUGCUGAUGAAUUUUUCAUACCACGGGAAGUGAAAGUACUAUCUAUUGACCAAAGAAACUUCAAAUUACGCUCAAUUGGGUGGGGAGAAGAGUUUUCUUUGACCAAGCAUCCUCAGGGUACUGAAGUCAAGGCAAUAACAUAUUCAGCAAUGCAAGUCUAUGAUGAGGAAAAGCCAGAAGUUUUUGUGAUUAUUGACAUUUAAAACACAGAAAUGAAAGGACUUCGAAGAAGAACUGUUGUUUCUUUUCCCUUAGGGGAAAAACAUGGUGAUUGUCCUAAAAAAGGAGAGAAAGAAAAAGGACAGAUGAAUAGCUAGCCUUCUUUUUAAGAAACUGAAACAGAUGUAUUCUAUUUUCUCUCUCUAUUCAAACGUAAAAAAAUUCAGGGCCUGAGUAUGUUUCUUCAUUCAUGAAUUCUUGGCUAGAGUAGGAAGAAAUUUAAUCUUCCUAAGAAGCAUACUAACCCUAUGGGCUUUUCUACAUUUUCCAUUUUUGAAAAUGGAUUAUUGAACAGAUAGAUUUCACCAAAUUUUGCUUUUUGUAUUUGCUGAGAUGAUUUUAAUUUACACAUAUAAAACAACUAAAUAAUGGGCUGCUAUGAGAUGGCUGUGUCUCAAAAUCCAUAUGUAUUCAUUUUUAAAGAAAUGGUUAUAGUUGUACUAUAAAAAGAUUUUUUCUUGGGAAAAUUCACUGAAAUAUGACUCCUUCCCUUUUUCCUUUUUUAGAUUGUUUUCCCUGCAGGUAAUUGUAAGAUAUGAUAGCUUCUUAAUACUUUAAAAAUGAAUAUUGAUAAAUUGUUGGAGACUGGAAGGAAAAUAUAUUUAAGUGUGUGUCAUAAUUAAUAAUGUAACCCUUCUCUGAUAAAGGUUCAAGUGACCAGGUAAACUACACUCAAAUGAUAGCCUUGUUGCUGUCCUUUUCAGUGAAACUGCUUUCAGUCAGAUUUUAAACUUGAUCUUUCUCUGUUACCUCUACCGCAGAAAAGAUUUUGGUUGAAGCUUCUCUCUUUGCACUAAAAACUUUAGUUUGCUAAGUUUACACUUACUUCUCUUUAAAAGUGGCCAGUGAGUAACGCUAUAACUUAUUUUCAUAUUUGCCAAGAUUUACCUAAAAGGAAGAUUUUGGCUAUGCAAAGGAUACCUUUAUAAAAAAGUAGCAUUGUCCUGUGACUCAGCAGAAAGUGGAGUUAAUCAUGACGGGGGCAAGAGCCUAUUGAUUGAAAAACCUGAUCUACAAAAAUGAACAUGUAUUAUAUACAUAGAGUGACCACUUCAUUGCAACAUAGAACAAUGUUUGACAAAAAUGAUACUUUGUAUUUCAAAAAUGACUCACAGUUUUCCUGAUGUAAGUUUGUGUACCUUCAAACAAAACUGUCAAAAAAGAACUUAAUUACCUUUUUUCUAAUUUGUCAUUUUUUAAAUAAAAGAUUUCUAUUGGAUAA